CUCCUCGUAACACUCUCCGAACCUUAGCCCAGCCGGUUAUCGGGCCAGUCACUUCGUGCAUCCGUUUGCCCGAUCCCGCACGGAAUUGUGAGUUAAAGAUGAUUCACUACAACCAGCUGCCGGCAUUCCAUGGGCUCCCGAGUGAGGACCCGCUGAACUUCAUCCGGGAAUUCUACAAUGUCCUCAAUACCUUUCCUCUCAACGGGCUGAACGAGGAUCAAUUGAAGAUGAGGUGCUUCCCCAAGACAUUGAAAGACCGGGCCAAGGCCUGGUUCAUGACGCUUGCACCAGCAUCUCUAACUACCUGGACCGAAGUAUACACGAAGUUCAUUGGGAGGUAUUACUCCCAUCAGAAGACACAGGAGCUCCGGUCACAUAUCGUCUUGUUUGCCCAACUACCGAGCGAGCCACUUCACGAGGCUUGGGAGCGAUUCAAAUAUCUUCAGCAGCAAUGUCCUCACCACAAUCUUUCACCGGGACUACUGAUGAAUUGCUUCUACGACUCCCUUAACCAAAAUUUACAAUAUAUGGUUGACAAUGCUGCGGGGGGAGACAUCGGUGCAAGGACGACCGAAGAGAUGUAUGAUAUUUUUGAGACGAUGAGUGCUAACUCGUCUCUAAAGAGAAAUCGAGGGAAGAGGGUCAUGGUUAAUAAGGUAUCUCCUGCUCAAGACACGAUGGCCCAUCAAAUAGCCGAACUCACGGAGCAAAUGCGGCUAAUGAAUGCACGAGGAGGUCAGUCGGUGCAUACCAUGACGGUAGAAACAUGCAGGGCAUGUGGAGUUCAGGGGCAUAGAUCUGAGGUGUGCCCAUCAGCAUUU